AUGACAUACACUCAAAGUGCUUCGGCCGCACAGCGCACAUCGUCUCAUACGCUGACCUCACUUAAACGAUGGUCAGUCGCGUCAAGAGACUUGCCGGCUGUCUCACAAAUCAAAACAAUUCAUGUCUAUGAUUUUGACAAUACAUUAUUCCUGAGCCCCCUUCCAAACCCGCAGCUGUGGAAUAAUGCGACAAUCGGCUUUUUGCAGGCUUGGGAGAGCUUUGCUAAUGGUGGGUGGUGGCAUGACCCUAACAUUCUCUCUGCUACUGGUAAAGGUAUAGAAGAGGAGGAGCCAAAGGGGUGGAAUGGAUGGUGGAAUGAGAAUAUUUUGAGCCUAGUCCGAAUGAGCAUGGAUCAAAAAGAUGCUCUGACUGUCCUGCUCACCGGACGGGGAGAAGCCAACUUUGCCCCGUUAAUCAAGCGCAUGGCCGCCAGCCAGAAACUUGAAUUCGAUCUCAUCGGCUUGAAACCUGAAGUUGGACCGAGCAGCCAACAGUUCCCAUCAACUAUGGUCUUCAAGCAGAACUUCCUGGAGGAUCUCAUGUCUACUUAUGAUCAGGCUGAAGAAAUCCGUGUCUACGAAGACCGUCCCAGACACGUGAAAGGUUUUCGGGAUUUUUUUAGCAGCUUCAACCAAAGGCUGCAGUCUGAAAAUGGUCAAGCACCCCGCAAGCCAUUUUCCUUUGACGUGGUGGCAGUGACGGAAGGCUGUACAUAUCUGGAUCCUGUGACGGAGACAGCGGAGGUGCAGCGGAUGAUCAACUCCCACAACCUUGCCCUUCGCGAUCCCUCUUUGGCCAAGAUGAAAACUCGAUUCUCUGCUUUAAAGAUUAAUCGCUCGGUUUUCUACACGGGCUAUCUCAUCUCACAGCAGGACUCGCAGCGUAUCAUUGACGAAUUAUUAGUCCCACUGUUGCAACAACAGGGCUACGCCGAUUCAAGGGACUUGAAAUACAUGGCUAACAGCAUUCUCAUCUCUCCGCGUCCUGCAACUCCCGCUACUCUCAAUCAAGUUGGAGGAAAGGGAAAGAAAGUCACUUGGCAAGUGACUGGACUCGGUGUGUUUGAUCACAAGGUCUGGGCAGCUCGAGUAGCCCCUGUUCCGUCAACCGAGCCUGUGCAUGCGGAGAACUCUCCACCUUCGAUUGUGCUGGCUUGUCGCAAGGGCACUCGCCCGGCUGAUGCGAAUAGAAUUCACAAUUGGCAGAAUGUUCCAGCUGGGAAGACCUUGACAUUUGACACAGUCGUUGGAGAGAAGGUUGUGCUUCGAGUCGAAGAGCACAACUCUCAUGGUGGAGACAUGAACAAUCGGCAGCCCUACGGAGGCAGCAAACGCCGUCAUCCACAGGAAAGAGAUGACGACGUGCUGUUCCCCCAGCAACCUGGUCAUACACAUGGCUAUGAAACUGUGAAUCAGGGCCAAUCUCAUGGCUACCACCCCUAUCACCGCCCCCAUGAUGACACAUCGCGACGAGGCAAUCACCGGGGCCGAGGUCGUGGUGGUGGUCGUGGUCGAGGCGCCGGUCGUGGAGGUCGUGGCCGCGGACGCGGUGGACGAGACGGUCCAUCGAACCCGCAUUACAGAUCCCUAGAUGACCAGGGAGCUGGAGGAUAUGAGGGUCCCUACGAGAAGAGUGGCAAGGGGGGCGGCGGUUUCCAAAUGGAUUACUGA